UAUUUUAUUUUUAAUAUUUUACUGUUAUGCGGUGCUGUCUUGAAGAUGGUGGGACUUGGGGGACUCUAAGACUAUAACUUUAUAUAUUUAUGAUUAUAUGGCCACAAAAUGCUCUUAUCAGUGCUUACUUCAAAAAGAAAAGGAUAUCAAAAUCUUGGAAUGCACGCCAUAUAAACGGAUUUAGAUUAAUACCUAUUGUUUUAACAAAGAUAAAUUUUUCUUACGUCCAAAUACAUGUUAAAUGAAGAUUAUAGCAAAGGACUUAAAGUAUAAGUGUAUAUCUGAGGAUGAAGCAAAAAAAUACUAUUUUUAAUUUUAAUAGGUAUCUUUGAAUUAAUUGCAGAGGUGAAUUUUGGUUCAUCCUAAAUUAAUUUUUCUAUUUUACUAUUAGAUAUUUACGCCAAAAAUUACGUAACUUCCGAAAAAUUCAAUUUAUGAUGCACUAUAACGUUGGUAGAAUGAACGAAAACACUCGAAAAUAAAUUGGCAUCGAAUUCUAAACUGAUCUAUAACUGGAGUUGUGUUAUUGUAAUGUAAUUACGCACCGUGGCGAUGUGCUGUGUGUAUGUGAUUUUUUCAAAUUUUCCUAUUGUUACCGAUCACACUUGGUACAACGAUUCUUUUUGUCCACGAAAUUUCACAACCGAUAUCAAUAUAAGUGAUUUUGAAAGUUUAGACGCCGAAAAUAUUCUCAUCAAAGUUAUUUUAAGUCAAAUUAUUAUUUUUAUUGUCUAUUUACUAAUUCAACUAGCGUCGAAAUACAAAUACUUUCACGUAAUAGGACAAGAGCAACAGAUCUGUGCGGAAAAUAAAGCGUCCGAAAACUUAUCACGUGAACCGAUAAUUUUAAAAUUAAUUUCUAUUUCUGUUGGACCAAUAAUAUGCCGGGACAUAGUUAAAAAUUCUAGCGAAUAUUCGAAAAUAGUUGGAGACCAUGACGACCACGAAAGCAUUGACGACUAUGGAAUUGGAGGAUAUAUGCCCGUUCAACCUCAACAAAUCCUUCACCGAAAGUACAAGGUCCUUAGAAAACUAGGCUUUGGUCAUUUCUCUACAGUAUGGUUGUGUGAAAAUAUACAAAACAAUAUUUAUAGUGACAAAUCCUAUUUAGCAGUUAAAAUAGUGAAGGCAGCUUCGGCGUUUUGCGAAGUAGCAACAGACGAAAUCAAAAUACUCGGAUUUGCAAUGGGCAACGACAGAAAUCACAUUGGUAGAAAACAUAUCGUCGAAUUCUUUUGCAAUUUUACUGAAACUAGCGUUAAUGGACCUCACGUUUGUAUGGGGUUCGAGCUAAUGGGACCAUCUUUAUAUCGACUCAUCGUUCAAAGCGAUUUUCAAGGAAUCCAAUUAUCUGGAGUUCGAUCAAUAAUGAAGCAGGUUCUUAGAGGACUGGUGUAUUUACACAAUUCCUGUCGAAUUAUUCACACCGAUCUUAAACCAGAAAACAUUUUAAUUACAGUAAAUGAGUGUUACAUUCGAAAACUCGUUGAUGCGGCUUACAGGUGUAACAGAGAAAAAGUACCGAACGAGUGCGAAAACGAAGACUACGAUGAUUUCGAGGAGUUGAAUUUUAGACGCAACAAAUCGUAUCCAGAAGAUGAUUUUAUGAGUGCCCUUGAGGGACACGCGAGUCGGCAUACUCGAGAAGUCGGACUUUAUUCCCCAAUGUGGGUUGAUCCAAAUAUACAAGUAAAAAUAGCCGACUUAGGGAACGCAUGUUGGGCGGACAAACACUAUUCCCACGAAAUUCAAACUAUGCAAUAUCGCGCUCUUGAGGUCAUUUUAGGGGCAAAUUAUAGUUUUGCUGCUGAUAUGUGGUCUGUAGGUUGUAUAGCUUUCGAAUUAGCAACUGGUGAAUAUCUUUUUUGUCCAAAAACUAAAGCAAAUUAUUCUUCAAACGAUGACCACAUAGCAUUAAUAUGGGAACUGCUUGAUGGCAUUCCGAAAUAUAUUACAAAGAGGGGAAUAAAUUCUCAUUUGUACUUUACCUCGGAAGGGAAACUGAGAAAUAUUCCUGAAUCGCAAAUGAGAAUUUGGAAGUUAGAAAACGUUUUAAUAGAGAAAUAUAAAUGGAGAAAAUUGGAUGCAAUUUGGUUUUCUGGUUUUAUUCUCAGUUUAAUAGAACCUGAUCCGGACCUUCGUUCUAAAGCAUCGACUGCCCUAACUAAUGAAUGGCUUCAAACUGAUGAUUCCUCGUAAUACCAACGGCCUUGUUUAAUACAAAUAAAAAAAGACUGAUUCGUUUCCUUCUACCAUGUAAAAAUUUCGUUUUUGUUUUUCUUUUAU